UUGCUCUUGUUGCUGCUGCUUUUGCUGCACCCACUAACGUCGAAGAGCCUACUCUUGCUAAGCGUGGCUGCGCUGCUGGCGAUAUCUGCAUCGACGGCACUUGCUACGUAUGGAGCUGCGGUCCUUUUGGCUGCAGUACCGGUGGCAGCCUCGGCACAAGCUGCUAAUUUCAUCUUGGCAAACCAAAUAAACCAUGGACCUAGUGGAGGUGAAUCGAAUUUGAAUACUGCAAUGAAAGUGCCCAGAUAA